GGUUUCAUGUUUCCGGUCGGAGUCUUUUUGAGUCGUACUCUCUUCCGCUUCGCACCAAUAAAGAGACUCAGCGGCGCUUCGCGGGUCAAUUUUUUUAAAACUUGUUUGGUAGAAUCCGAUUAAAAUCGGAGCCAUCCGAACAGCAAACAUGACCGUGGGAAAGAGCAGUAAGAUGUUGCAGCACAUCGACUUUCGGAUGCGCUGUAUACUGCAGGACGGACGAAUUUUCAUCGGCACGUUCAAAGCCUUCGACAAACACAUGAACCUGAUACUGUGUGACUGCGACGAAUUCAGAAAGAUCAAACCGAAGAACACCAAGCAGCCGGAACGAGAGGAGAAGAGGGUGCUGGGUUUAGUUUUGCUCAGGGGAGAGAAUCUCGUUUCUAUGACGGUAGAAGGACCGCCGCCCAAAGAUACUGGCAUUGCACGCGUGCCUCUGGCAGGAGUUGCUGGUGGUCCAGGAGUUGGCCGGGCUGCCGGUAGAGGCGUUCCAGCUGGCGCGCCAAUGGCUCAGGCUCCCGCUGGACUCGCUGGACCCGUGAGAGGAGUCGGUGGCCCAUCACAGCAGAUCAUGACCCCUCAAGGCAGAGGCACAGUUGCGGCUGCCGCUGCUGGUGCAAGUAUAGCCGGUGCCCCCACGCAGUACCCUCCUGGCCGGGGCGGACCACCGCCUCCGAUGGGCCGAGGAGCCCCUCCUCCAGGUAUGAUGGGACCUCCUCCAGGCAUGCGGCCACCCAUGGGACCACCGAUGGGAAUGCCACCUGGCCGCGGUGCUCCGAUGGGCAUGCCACCUCCAGGAAUGAGGCCGCCACCCCCUGGAAUGAGAGGUCCUCCUCCUCCAGGCAUGCGUCCACCCAGACCUUGAAUGUGCACACUGGAAAUGGAUGUUUGAGCGACUUUUCCUUGUUUAGGAAAUCUUGGUUGCAAGUCCUUGUAUAGUUUAAUUUGAUUUUGUAUUAUGUCGUUUUUUUUUUUUUUUUUUUUUGUUUGUUUUUAAUAAAGUGUUUUAAAAUGUC